ACGAUGGCCACCAACGGCGCUACGACUAACAGUUCCUCGUCCUCGGGGUCCUCGAACAGUGGCCAGCCUGCGUCCGAACAGCAGGCGGGAUCGACCAUGAACUCCAUCACGCAAGUGUUCCCUCCUAUAGUGGAAUUAAAUGUCGGAGGAGUUUUCUAUACGACCUCGCUGACGACUCUUCAGAAGGACCCCGAGAGCCUGCUGGGUCAAAUGUUUAGCGGGAAGUCCAAGACGCCCGUGCUGAGGGAUUCGAAGGGCAAGUUUUUCGUGGAUCGUGAUGGUGUCUUGUUCCGUUAUAUUCUCGACUAUUUACGAAACCAGAAGCUCGUGUUACCAGAAAACUUCAGUGAGCGUGAAAGACUCAAGAACGAGGCGGAGUACUAUGCGCUGCAGGACAUGGUGGAGUCCCUUACCGUUCCCAAAUCCCUGAGCCCCAUUGAUCCUUCGUUUCUAGUCAAGACCACCUGUGGCACGAUUACCGUCAGUUACCGCGGCACCUUCGCCUUCGGACGCGACGGACUCGCCGACGUCAAGUUCCGCAAGCUGAACCGAAUCCUUGUGAGCGGUCGCGUGACGCUGUGCCGGGAGGUGUUCGGAGACACGCUGAACGAGUCACGUGACCCGGACCGUGGCGCGGUUGACCGCUACUCCAGCCGUUUCUUCCUCAAACACACCUUCCUGGAGCAGGCCUUCGACAUGCUGGUCCUGGCGGGAUACAAGUGCCAAGGAUCAUGCGGCAGCAGCACCGCAGGAGGCAUGAUGGUGGACAAAAAACCCGGCAUGGACUCCGAGGAGGACCGAUGGAAUCACUACAACGAGUUCGUGUGGGUGAGAGAAUAACUAGGCUGCGGGGGGGUACUCUGGCGGCCCCCACGAGAGGGCAGCCACCUGAUGGUCACGAAGUCGUUCUUCUGACGACCCCUUCCGCAGAACCUGGUUGCUUGGUUGGCGCACGUGCUCUGGGCGACGCGAAGCAGGUGGGAACAGUUUCAAAAGUCGCUAACUGCUUUCAUUUGGUCGAUUCUAAAGAAGACAAACACUAAUAGCUUUAAAACGUUCAUGGAAAAUACGUGAAUAAAGAGUACUUACUUUCAUUCUGCUUAUAGCCGUUCCGCACACCAAGUGUAUUAGAAUAUUAAACGCAAGAGGAAACUCAAAGCAAGUGUUAGUACGAGCCCAACAUUAUGUGUAUGUGUGAUAACAAGCUAUAGGUAGCCUCUAAACACGCAGCAUGGAGUCGUGUACCUGCUAAUUGCUUAUUACGGAAGAAAAAAUGUUGAGUGCAAGAUUUUUUUUCUUUUUUUCAAGUGAAGAAAU